AUGGCCGAACACCACCACGACCGCAUCCUCCCGGAGGAGGACGCGCGAAACCCGUACGCCUCAGACAACCGGUGGCGACACCAGGAAUCGUCAGCAUUCGCACGCGCCGCCGUCGCCCGCGACCCCGUUACCUCGAGCGCAGACACCCAAGACCUCACCAACUUCCUGAACUCGACGAGAAUCGAGAGCGACCGACCUCCCACCAAUGGCACGGGGAGCUACAAGCCAAUUGUCAUUGGUGGCUCCGACGGCGCGGUCGACGGUCAUGUGGGUGCUGAAGAUGGCAAGGAGGUCGUUUGCGGUCCGUUGUUGAACUACCGGCGCAUGGAUGAUAAUGUGUGGCACGGCAGCGUCCUGAUCGUCACGCGGGGCGGCGGCAAGACGCAACGAUUCCAACCUACCUUACAUAUCGGACGCGUGGAGCAAGCGAACCAUCAACCAGGUCUCCUUCACGAGGGCCCCGGCGUCAAUGGUGCAGAAGCGUCGUUGUCGAACGGCGCCAGCGCCAUUCAGAGCGACCACGGGGCUGAUGUCGUCGGCACAUGUCUCUACUCGGACCCUCGAAAUACCUUCUGGAGCUUCCCAAUUGCCUGUGACAUAGCGAACACCGAGACGAAGUGGGCGUACUCGAUUUCAGAAGUCCGCUACAAUAGCCAGACCCAGCCUAGGACCAGCUACUUCUUCAUCCCUGCAUCCAACGAGUCCAUGAGGAUCAUGUUCCACUCGUGCAACGGUUUCAGUGUAGGGACAGAUGAGGAGGCUUGGAGCGGGCCUGCUCUAUGGAACGAUGUGAUGAGAAGCCAUGCUCAGGCGCCAUUCCACGUCAUGCUGGGCGGUGGUGACCAGAUCUACAAUGACGGCAUCCGGGUGGAUGGACCCCUGCGAGAGUGGACGAAUAUCGGCAAUCCUAAGAAGCGCCGGGGUUACCCCUUUACCGAGAAGCUGCGGGCGGAUUGCGACGACUAUUACCUCAAGAACUACAUUCGGUGGUACUCGACCGAACCCUUUGCAAGCGCCAAUGGCCAGAUUGCACAGAUGAAUAUCUGGGAUGAUCACGACAUUAUUGACGGAUUCGGCUCGUAUGUCCACGAGUUCAUGAAGUGUGAUGUUUUCCGCGGCAUCGGCGGCACCGCCCACAAGUAUUACAUGCUCUUCCAGCACCAUCUGGCACCUCCCGCUUCCACGUAUACUUCCGAUGCUCCCCAGACAUUCAAACACGGCCCGGACCAAGACGAGAACCAGCUUGUAGAUACCUUCGUCAAGGAGCAGGGGCCAUACGAUCCUUCCUAUAUCAUCGGUCACAGACCUGGGCCGUAUGUUGCCGAGCACUCGCUGAAUAUGUUCUCGAAGUUGGGAGCCAGGAUUGCUUUCGUCGGCCUUGACGCACGUACUGAGCGUACGCGCCACCAGGUCAACUACCCCGAAACGUACGACAUCAUAUUCGAGCGGUUACAAAAGGAGCUGCGUGCUGCUGCGAGCGCAGGACAGCCCUUUCGCCAUUUGAUAUUAUUGCUGGGAAUUCCCAUUGCUUAUCCUCGACUCACUUGGCUCGAGAACGUCUUCUCAAGCCCCCUAAUAGCCCCUAUCAAGUUCCUGAACCGAAGAUUCGGCUUCGGUGGUGGUGUCUUCAACCACUUUGAUGGUAGUGUGGAUCUUCUAGAUGAUUUGGAUGACCACUACACGGCUAGAACGCACAAGAAGGAGCGCAAUACUCUCGUUGAGCGCUUGCAGACCAUCUGCUCCGAGUUCUCUGUUCGCCUGACCAUUCUCGGAGGCGAUGUCCAUCUAGCAGCUCUCGGGCGGUUCUACUCCAACCCGAACCUCCACAUUCCUGCCGAGGCUGACCACCGGUACAUGGUUAACGUGGUGUCUUCUGCAAUUGUCAACAAGCCUCCCCCGAAUGCUAUUGCCAAUCUGCUGGCGAGCCGCAACAAGAUCCAUCACCUAGACGCGGACACGGACGAGACGCUGAUGAACCUCUUCGAUAAAGACCCGGGCGAGUCAAACAGGACGAGAAACUCGAACCACGUCACGAUGCCAAGUCGCAACUAUGCCAUUCUGACCGAGAACUCGCCAAACAACCAUGCCGUGGCAAAUGGGCAUGCUGAGCCUAAUGGCACGUCAGCGGAAAACACCUUUGACGGCAGGGAUGGCCAUUCAUUCCUGCACCACGGCGAGGAUGGCGCAGGUAUUAAACACAAAGCUGCAUCAUCCGAGUCGCACGGCAAGAGCAACGACGGAUCGCUCGACUGCUGCAUUCGUGUAGAGGUCGACCAGCACGACAAGGAUGGCAAGACCGAGCCGUACGGCCUUACGAUCCCGGUCCUUAACUAUCAGCCCGAUAAGUUCGGGAGCAACAUGACGCAUCGCCUUGGUCUCCGCCACCACCGCAGCCGGCCUGACACGCGGGCGAGUAGGGCGAGUACGGCUGCUCCUCCCAGUGUUGCUGCGUCUGCACCGGAACAAGGUCGCUAG